UCAUUACAAGAUCCUGAUAUGUCUAUAUGCAAGCGAAUUGCAGGCAUGGAAGGAGACCUGAUUCGUGCUGAUAUUAUAAACAAAGACGAACAUGUUAAAAAAACCAUUAAAGUUCCCAAAGGACAUGUGUGGCUUUUAGGGGAUAAUGCAGAAAAUUCUGUGGAUUCCCGUAGUUUUGGACCAGUACCUUAUGGAUUGAUUGUGGGAAGGGUUUGCUAUAAAUUGUAUCCAUUCCGUGAAUUUGGCCCUAUAAGUUAACAAAGAAAUAACUGAAUGUUAACUUGUGUUUCAUAUCAAGUGAGCAUCCAUUUAGGAUACAAGGAAGGCAAGCGUUAUUCGUACAAAUAUGUUGGAUCAAUUCUUCAUGGUGUACCUGAAGCAUUCGAAAAGGAUUUAGGAUUGAAGAUUGAAGCCGUUACUCACUUGGAUAAACUCCCUUCUGAUAAGUUUAGAAUGACUCUGGAAAAUUUGACGAUAGUUGAGGUGAGAGGUAAAUUGUUACGUGAAGAUCGAGUUGAAAGUAGCUCACCUAAUGUGGAAGAACCAUUGGACAAAAUCACUAAUGGACUGAAGAAAUGGUUGGAGAAACCAAUUCAAUUUCAAAUGAAGGCAGGAAAGGUUGAAACAAAAAUGUUUGUAGAGAAAGAAACGCCCGAAUAUUGCGUUAAUAUGCUAAGAGCUAUUGUGAAUCAUUUGUACUUGCCCAUUGUUGACAACAAGGAGAAAUAUCAAACUCGUAAGAAUGAGAUUACCGUUCUUGGAACUUGUGAUACAUAUUACACCAUCGUUCAAAGAAAACCUUAUGUCAAAGUAAAGAGAACAAUUGAUCUUGCGCAUUGUAGUGAAAGGUCAAAAGUCCUUGCGACCAGCUUGCCAAAUACUGACUCUUUUAUCAUGAAACGAAAGGCUCGUGGUACGGCAGAACAGCUACCAAACUUUGUUCGAGAGGCAGCCUAUAUGCAUUAUGACUUACAAGCCGACAAAAAUAAUGAAUUUGUCAUCAGGAAAGUUGUUGGUGAAAAUGUUGAGGAAAUGUUAUUACAAGGAGAUCAAUAUGCAGCUGGAAAAGCCGUAGCCGCUCAUACCAAACAAGAGUUAACAUUACUGGAAUCGGAGAGGACUAUUCCCACAGACGCCAAGGAAAUCAAAAAUGGCGAAAAUCGACAAGGAUUGAAGUUUGUUUUCGAUUUUGACUUGAAAACAAUGGCGUCUAAGAAAGCUCAAAGCAAUUAUUUGUUAGCUGCCAAAGAGCACAUUGUUGCCAUCACACAACAAUUAAAAAGUGGCAGUUUAUCGUCUGAAUCUGCCACCAAAUUUUCGAUGCUCGUUUCAAUGUUACGUCAUUGCAAACAUGACACUUUGAAAGAAGUUGUCCAGACUAUACAAGCUAUUCAGAAUGACGAUGCGAGACGUAUAUGUUACGAUGCAUUGGCUCGUGUUGGCACUGUUGCCGCUGUCCAGAUCAUCAAGGAUUCUGUUAAUAAUGGAAUAAUGACAAAGUACUUGCAAGGAAUAAUGUUUGGUAUUGGUUGGGUACGAGAUUUGAACUCUGAAUAUAUGAAAACCGUCAUGGAUCUAUGUGAAAGCAGAGUGGUUGCCGCUGACAUAGGAGCAGUUCGAACUUGCUGGCUUAGUUUUGGAACACUGGCCAAUCGUUUCAUGGUUAAAACUAGACAGAAUUCUAAAAUGAAUUCGGCUAAAGAUCUUUCAAUGGUGCAUCUUAUCUCUAAGACUCUUAAAGAAAGAAUUAAACAUGGAAAAGACGACGAUGAGAAAAUAAUGUUUUUAAAAGCAGCAGGUAACGCUGGCUACCUUACUCAAGAUCUCUUCAAGACCAUCUCUGAUGUAGUUAUGAGUCGUUCAUCAUCUCUACCCGUGAAAUUAACAGCUGUAUGGGCAUUAAGACAUACAACCAAAGCUGCAUCUGAUUCCGUCCGUAAAUUGUUGCUACCUGUGCUGACGAAUCCUUUGCGUGAUGAGGAACUACGAUUAUCUUCGUACAAGAUAUUAAUGCAGAAUAAUCCUAGCAUUUUAACAUGUCAAAUGAUAGCUGCUGUUAUUGCUCGUGAGUCAACUGGUCUUGGACCUCGCAGUAACCAACUUGUUUCUUACAUCAUCAGUGACCUUAGAACGUCUGUCAAACAUGAUAAAAAUAAUCCUACAAAGGCGUCAAGAGCACGACUUUUGCUCAGAUUCGUUCCUCGUAAAACGUAUUUCACAAUGUUUUCUUACUCAAAAGCCAUCAAUCUUGAUGCAGGAGAUAAAAUGGGACUAGAGUUACGACUCAACAAGAUCUACACUCGUCAUUCAUUUAUACCAAGAUUUAUGAACGGAAAGGCAAGAUUAAAUUUGCCAGGAAUGUCAGUCGACUUUCUUGAGUACGGAAUUCGUAUGCAAGGCAUUCAAGAAGCUCUCAUGUCUUUAGUUGGACAGAAAGAAAGCCCAGUUAAGCAACGUAACUAUAAAAAUGGAGAAAACAAGAUCAUCCCGAGGCUCGAAACAUUUAGUAAGAUGUUUGGCUCUGAGAUAUUUUAUAAUCAAAUUGCUGUAUCAGAUGUUGCUGCAACUAUCCGUGAUGUUUUUACGGGUGAAAAAACCAUCAAUGAAUUAGGUUGUACGUUUAGUUCUAAAGAAAUUCAUUGUGAGAAAUCCAUGAGUCAAGGUCAUAUGUUGAGCGAGGUUCGUUAUAUGGUUUCAACAUUGGCUGGCAUUCCUAUGAAAUAUUCUGGAAAGUUAGCCACAGUUGUAAAAGGACAACUUUCCGCCAAAAUAUCUGGUUUGUCUCAACUUUUAAAAUCACAAUAUAAAGAGAUCAAAUCAUCGGUCAGCACAAGUUCAAAUGUUUCCUUCCAUAUGCAUCACAAAGUUGGUACAUGGCUUCCAAACUUCGAGACGGGUGUUCUCAUAAAUCAUACAUUAUUUAGUCAAUCGCCAAAUUUACGGGCUAACCUUGUCUUAAACAAGGGAAGUAUCAAAUUUGAAGGACCAGUUUCUCCCGAAACUGUCACAUUACUUGAUCAGAGAGCGAACAUUAGUGGCAUCAUGCGACAAGAUUCUUCACUUGGUGACAGACAAUGGUCUAUACCUGAUUUACAACCAAAACUUCUUGGCUUGAUAAAAAGCGAACAGCUUGCUAAAGACUACAAACGUUUUGAAAGCAACGUCGGACGCAUACGCCAACAACUCUUGUUCAACCACCGCUGCAAGGAUUUUGGUCUCGUUCCAGCAGGACUUAGAAUUAAGUCCCCGUUUAACAAACGAGAGGCUAUUCAGAUUGUCAAGUCCACCAUCAGACCACUGAUACGAGCAGGGAUUAACGACUGUCACAGACGAAUCAACUACAUCAAGCAACAAGAACAAAGACUGAAGAAACUAAAGGAACUCAUACCAACGACAGUUCCUAAGACAUGCUAUGGUUGUGCUAGAUUAAACGUUAUGUUGUGUAUACAAGGAGAAAUCAUUGAUCCCGAUUACCAGAGGUUGAAAGUUUUACCAUCAUUCCCAUACAAAUGGCUCAAUAAUUGGUCAAUCGUUUUGAAAACCCCUGAGAAAUUUGAGUUUUCUUAUAAGAUUGUGGAGAACGACAAGGACAUGUACAAAGGUAUUGGAUUGAUAAAAAUCACGGGCCGACCACAUGAUAAGGAAAUGACUGUGAAUUUUAAACCAGUUUGUGAUAAGCAGAACUUCACAUGUCAGACAAAAUGGAGUAUCGAGAAUAAACGAUGUCCACAAACAUGUAAAGGAUCUUCAUAUAUUGAUUACUCAGAAGAAAACAAGUUAACCAUUGUUAACAACUACAGCAAUGUCGAAAUAACGACUCAGGUUCAAUUGGAGGAAAAGAAAAAAACAAUUCGUUUAGUAAAUACUUGGAAUCAGCUACCCCAGCGUCUAGACCAGUUCAUUCGACAAAAUCGUUUGGAUAUUAUCACAAAGUUACACCGUUACUUUAAAAUUACCGAAAAUUCAAAGUCGGAUAACCGCUCUGUGAUUGAAGUAAAGUUGUUGAACGAUUUCGUAGCGGACAUUUUCGUAGAUUUACCUUCCUUAAAGCUGGAACGUAUCAACCAACAGCUUCCUGUACCAUUGAGUUUAGACAGUGUGAGCCUUGCAGAGUUUGAAAAAGACUUCCUGCAAUACGGUAUUUGUAAAGUGGAAGGUACAAAAGAUUUUGUAACGACAGACAGCGCUAUCAUUGAGGCUGAUAUUCCAAAUGAAUGUCCUUUCAUACUUGCUCAAGACACGCGCUAUGACCAGCCAAAAUGGCGCAUAUUUUUGAAAAAGUCAGAAAAAGGAAGACACAUUCUCAUAUUUGAAUUCGGCAAAGAGAGAAUUGAAUUCGAUCGAGACAUGACAGUCAAAGAAAAUGGGAAAAUUGUCGAUGUUCGUGAAGGGAACACAGUGAAACUGUUAGCUGGAAGUGUAACCAGAAAAAAUAAUCAAUUAUACUUCAAAUCAAACACCGACUUCCAUUGUCGCUAUAAUGGUUCUUCGACAGUACUUUCGUUUUCUCAUUGGUACCACAAUCGUAUAUUGGGGAUAUGUGGCAACAAUGAUGGUGAACAAUGGACUGACUUUCAAACUCCUCGUAGGAUACACAUGUCGGAGAUGAUGCCACGAGAAUUUAUACGAGAGUGGAUUGGUGAUGUUUCGUCUGAAAAUGGAGAAUGCAGAACAAGAGCUCAGCGUUUGAACCAGACCGUAAGUAGACUUGAUGGGAAAAUUUGUUUCACCAGUGGUCGGUUUUUACGCUGCGCUAAUAAUUGUGUGCCGACUACGAAGCAUGUUCUUAAGAACGUUGCUCAUCAUUGUUUCGCUGUUUCUGAUCCUAUCAUUAAAGUUAUCAACGAAGAUAAAGUGAAGUUUAACUUUGUAACCUUGCCUGUGGACUGGUAUGGUAAUGUCGAAGAACACACAUCAUGUAAAUGUUAAAGUGGUGAUUGAUAUAAUGAACUACAUACUUAUUACUGGCCUUGAUUUUAAGAAAGAAUUCAUCAAUAGUAAUCGGGUUGCUGCUUUAGAAAACUUUGUUUUCUCAAUUUUUUCUCUGUUGAUUGAAGGAUUUUAUGUAAUUUAGUUUUUUUGUGAUGUGGGUAACAUUAAAUUAUCUCCAAUGAAAGAAAUUGAAUUAAAAUAAAUACUUAUAUAUAGCA